UCCUGAAACAAUCCGUGAGGGCCUGAAGUUGGUCGGUGUUACAUGUUGGGUUAGAGACAUAGCUCGAGAGUGUGCAGAAAUCAUGUCCUAAUAAUUUAAAAUUCUAUGAUUUUUUUUGUCGUUAGAUCUUCGAAAUUAGAGAAGGAGGAACUGAAAGAUGUAAUUCAAAAUGAGUCGUAAAGAGGACUCAGAAGAAGCGAGUGAAGCCGGGGAAGAUGAUAUUAGCUUGUGUUUGAUUUGUGGAGACCGUGCAACAGGAAAACACUAUGGGUCUGUAAGCUGUGAUGGUUGCAAAGGGUUUUUUAGAAGGAGUGUCAGGAAAAAUCAUGUUUAUUCGUGUCGUUUCUCAAAGGACUGUAUUAUAACGAAGGACAAACGAAACCAAUGUCGUUACUGCAGGUUGAAGAAGUGUGUCAGUGUUGGCAUGAAAAAAGAAGCUGUACAAAAUGAAAGAGACAAAAUAACAAGAAAAUCUUGUGAUGAAUCAGACAAGUUACUUUCACCGCAAGUGCUUUUGUCAGCAGAAAUUCUUUCCAGACCUGCUCAGUCUCCACCAGAUCAACUGAAUCUGAGCAGGGAAGCUACAAGCAACGACAUUGUCGAAUCGAUGAAGCAACAACUGCUAGUGCUAGUCGAAUGGGCCAAGUACAUUCCGGUGUUCUGUGAAUUACCAUUGGACGAUCAGGUAUCGUUACUGCGUGCCCAUGCCAGCGAGCACCUGAUGCUUGGCGUCUCACGAAGGUCAAUGGCAAUCAAGGAUGCCUUGCUGCUAGGCAACGAACUCGUUAUCAGCAGAAGCCACCCUGAGGCUGACAUACGUCGGAUAGCGAUCAGAACAAUGGACGAGCUGGUGCAGCCAAUGGUCACCUUGGAGCUGGAUGAUACUGAGUACGCAUGUCUGAAAGCUGUCAUUUUCUUUAAUCCAGACGCCAGAGGCCUAAGCGACCCAAAGAAGAUAAAGUCAUUAAGAUUCGAAGUACACACGUCGCUUGAAGAUUACAUCAACGACAAAUGUUAUGAUGUACCCAAGGGGAAGUUCGGAGAACUGUUGCUGUUGUUGCCUACCUUGCAGUCAGUGGCACUGCAGAUGGUUGAGCAAUUGCAAUUCGCGCGGCUUUUUGGCGUCGCAAAAGUCGACAAUUUGCUUCAGGAGAUGCUACUUGGAGGUUCUGGUGUACAAGAUCAGCUUGAGGCAUUGUCACUAUCACCGCUGCCCGCCGUCAUGCCUACUAUGGAUUCGACAGCAGGAGCAACGAACUUUUGUCAAGGGUGUGCCGCGCGGCAGACUGCUGCGGAGGGAAACGAGAAUCGUACAGACGAGGAUGAUGGAGCGCCCCCUGCAAAACACAUGAAGGUUGGCCUGAAACCACAAGAAAGAGUGCAAUAUCCUUUUGCUAAUGGUACAGUUAUAAAGAAAGAUGUGCCUUGAUUGGCUCAGAAAGCGCGAACACGCGUCCGCUACCUGAUUAAAGAACGGUGCUGGUGCAGAACUGCAAGCCAUAUUAAGCAUCGGAAGUAGUUUUAGAGAAUUAAGUUUUUAACUCGGGCAAGCGCAGGAGAAUUUGGCGAAGUCUGUUUUUCGCAUUCAAAUGUGGUAGCUAUCAAUUUGAAUUUUAUUUAGAAGGGUGCUCCAUGAGUCACGUGCAACCUUGAGGAAGCGGGAAGUUGGUGGAAAAAAUUAAUAUGGUUAAACAGAAGGUGAUUCAUUCUAAACGACGUUUCGAUUAGAGAACACGAUAUCCUUGUAACUACGACAAUCGCAUCUCCUUCCAUUACUCAUUUAAACACCCAAAUUUUUUAAGUAAGGAAUAGUAAAUCGAAUGCUAAAUUUCAUUGCUUCAAAGUUAAUCUCUUGCACGAUUAUGAACAAUUUUUACUAUAGAAUAAGUAGGAUCAUGAUUUUAGAUCACUUUUCUGAUUUGAAGCUGUUUCGAGACCCCCUUUUGGAAGCUAACAUGGGCCUUUUUGUCAGAAUGUUUUUUCAACUUGUAACUGCAAACGCAUAAUAUUUUAUUAGUUCCGAAUGAUGAAUGUCUUUAUAUAGGUCCUAAUUUCACCACGAAACACACUGCUUUUCCUAGAAAUCUGUUCUAAGAUUUCCAUAACAAUUUUGUCUGUUUAAUUUGCCCCUAUAUAGUCUGUCGGUUUCAUCGUGUGAAAUUGUUUGCUAUGUGUCGUAGUUUCACUUUUUUAAACCCUAAUGCGUUAAGGUAUUGAUGAUGCGUUGUAAGCAUUCUGAGAACAUAAUCUGACGGUAAUUUGUACUUUCUUCUGAUUUAGACUUCCGUGUUCUGUGCAUCUUAAUUGUCAAUUCUGUUGCCAGUUAGAGUCUUGUUAGGUAUAGCGAUUGCAUUUGUCAUCAAUUAUGAUUUAUAUGUUCUUGAUUUUAAUAUUAUCUGCAAAAUUCUGUAUGUACACUACUCCUUAAUAUCGUGUACUGCAAACUUUGCAGAGGCAGUCUCACAACAAUUUACUCCUAGCCAGACAUGGUCUUCCAAGAAAGCAAAUAACAUCUUAUACCCUGUAUGUAUUUUGUGACUUUCACACUUUUAUGCAUUAUUCAAAUCUAUCAUCACCGUCAUUAGUAUUAUUAUCAAAGUCAGCAUCAUCAUGAUCAUCUUUGAACCAUUAUCGAUCCUCUCCAAUCAUCUCCAGACAUCAUCGUCUCAAAUGAACCUUAAGUCCUCAAUUUGAUGCAGAUAUCUACGCAUGCCUUGCUGGCUGUGAAGUUUACUGUGGAGUUUCGAAAAUUAAGGACGUAUAGAGUAUUUUAAUCAUUUUUCACUGUCAGAAUGUUCUUGUCAUAACAAUAUAUAGCUGACUGCCAUAUCUAAGAUAAUCCCAAAUUCGUAGGAUGCAAGUGACAUUUAAAUUUCUACUUACACGUUUAUUACUUGUGUGGCUAUGGUAGACCGUUGUCUUUUUAAACCAUUUCCAAGAAUUUCAUUCCUAUCCCAGCAUUCGUUGCAGAUCAUAUUUGUAAAUAGAUAUGGAAUUCCUAAGUCUCGCUGGCUCCUUUUAAUAUAACUGAUGUGAAUAAAACCUUUUCUAUUCAAAGUAUAUUGUAGAUUAUCGAUAGAGAUAAGUAUCAUCAAAGUGAUUUGCGA